AGUUUGGUUGGCGCGUGCUGGCUGAACAGCAGCAACAACAAAAACCUCCCACUUGACUCAGUCACCGGAGUUACGGAGUUUAGUAAACGGAAAGCCUCCUGCAAUGGUCGGGAUAACCGGUGUUCGACAGCAAACUCGGCCCAAGCCGCGGGUCAGGACUGUGUAAUGUCGACUUUGUGAGAUGAGUUGUCCUUCUAAAAGGGCAUUUUGUUUGUUUGAGUCGCGAGCCGGCUAACACGCUAACGAGCUAGGAGCUAACUCCGAAAGGAAGGGGAAGUAGGGAGGCGUUUUCUCCAUGCACUCUGAGCACACUUGGCUAACGUUAGCCUUAGCCUUAGUGACCACACACACACUUGGGUGUUAGGAAAACGAAUCCAGGCGUAGCUGUGAACCUGAGCUUGUAUACUGUUCGCUGCCGAGCCGAGAGGUCUGUCUUACAUUAUCGGUUCGUCUCUGGCUAGCAACAAUCCGCCUUUCUGGAGUCGUUAAUUGGCGUAACGCGAGUUACGCUAACAGCGUAGCCGAGAGUUGGUGGGAUUCACUGCACCGCAGUGGAGGAGGAAGUCGAGCAUGGUGGUGUUCAAGUGACGUUUCUCUCCCAGAGCCUCGCAGGACAAACAGGGUGGAGAUGACCAGAUAGAAGCGGUGGAGCUGCUGCUGGUGGUGAACUGUUUGGGGAAGGAUUAUUCUUUAUUUUUGUUGUUGUUGUUGCUAGACUCGAAGGAAGAAUGAAGAAGUUUUCGCGCAUGCCCAAGUCGGAGAGCGGAGGACUGGGAGGAGGUUCGGGGUCCGGGUCCGGUACCGGAGGGAGCAACUUCAUCGGGAAAGUGUUCGCUAUCGGGAGGUACCAGGUCACCGUGGACGAGCUCAUCGCAGAAGGAGGAUUCUCCAUGGUGUUCCUGGCACGCACCCACAGCGGAGUACGAUGUGCUCUGAAGAGGAUGUAUGUGAAUAAUGUGCAUGAUUUAAACGUCUUUAAGCGAGAGGUUACGAUCAUGAAAGAGCUGUCAGGCCAUAAGAACAUAGUGAGCUACCUGGACUCCAUCAUCAACACAGUAGGAGACAGUGUGUGGGAGGUUCUCAUCCUUAUGGAGUUCUGUAAAGCGGGUCAAGUAGUAAAACAGAUGAACCAGCGGCUGAAUGGUGGUUUUACAGAGCCUGAGGUUCUCACCAUUUUCUGUGACACUUGUGAAGCUGUGGCCAGACUGCACCAGUGCAAAACCUCAAUCAUCCACAGAGACCUAAAGGUGGAAAAUAUCCUCUUGAACGACCAAGGGAACUAUGUGCUGUGUGAUUUUGGAAGUGCCACCCACAAAGUACUGCACCCACUCAAAGAUGGCGUGACUGCUGUGGAGGACGAAAUUAAGAGGUACACAACCCUGUCAUAUCGAGCCCCAGAGAUGAUUAACUUGUACCAAGGGAAAGCCAUCACAACCAAGGCUGAUAUCUGGGCACUUGGAUGCUUGUUGUACAAGCUGUGUUUCUUCACACUUCCAUUUGGGGAGAGUCAGGUCGCCAUAUGUGACGGAAUCUUCAGCGUUCCAGACAGCUCAAAGUUUUCCUUCAAACUGCACUGCUUAAUUAGAUAUAUGUUGGAGCCUGAUCCAGAGAAAAGACCAGACAUCUAUCAAGUCUCUUACUUUGCCUUUAGACUUGCUGGAAAGGAGUGUCCUGUGCCAAAUCUAUUUAAUUCCCCCCUCCCCACAUCACUACCAGAGCCACUAACAGCCAGUGACAUCGCUGCUAAGAAGAGCCAGACAAAAGCCAGAAUAACAGAUUCCGUCGGUCCCACGGAAACCUCUAUUGCUCCAAGGCAAAGGCCGAAAGCAGCCAACAGCAACGUGCUGCCCCUGCCCAACACUGUAACACCUGUGAAAAUGAACGCCCCUCCAGGAGCAGUCAGCAACGGACAGAAACCCCAAGGAAACGGGCAGCAGGCAGCUGUGCAGAUGCAGAGCAGCAAUCAGCACAACCGCGUGUUACAGCAGCUGCAGCCUGGGGACCUGAGACUGCAACAACUGCACCAUCAACAACAACAACAACCACCACAACAUAACCUGCACCACCAGCAACAAGUCAGUCCACAGCAGCUGCAGUACAUGCAGCAGUAUCAGGCCAUGCAGCAGAGCCUCCACAUGCAGCAGCAGCAGCAGCAUAUGCUUCACCAACAGAUGCUGAUGCAGCAGUCCAUGUAUCACCCACAGCAGCAGCAUUAUGCAGCUCUGAUCCAUCAGUAUCAGCAGGCGUUUGCUAGUCAGCAGCAGCAGCAGUGUGCGCCAACACAGCAAGUUUCCUACAUUUCUCCACUAGAGUUCCAUGCAUCAGUGAGCGCCUACAACCCUGCCGGACCCUCACCUGCGGAAGUUCCUUUCAGCAACACCAGAAUGACCGUGCCUAGUUCAGAAUUGGUCAGUCCGUCUCUUCAGACGGUCAGUAAUCCUCCUGACAUGUCUCGCUGGAACCCUUUCGGAGAGGACAACUUCUCAAAGCUCACCGAGGAGGAGCUGUUGGACAGAGAGUUUGACCUUCUCAGAGCAACAGAUAACCGAGUGGAGAAAGCGGCAAGCUUGCAGGCUGGCGGCACAACCCUGGUGCCAGAGGACCCCUUCGGCUCUGUGCCCUUCGUGGCCAACGCAGGACCCGGUCUUCCAACAGAGCAACCAAACUCAGAGUCUGGAGCUGCUUCUGGUGUUGCCGCUGAUGUACUUUCUGCUCCUGAAGACGUCCAACUACCAAUUACUACGGAACAGAAGCCUGUGAAAAAAUCCAGCUCAUCUGGCUCAUUGCCUCAUAAAACAGGGGAAGAGUCAGAGAGUGACUUUGAGUCAGAUCCUCCCUCACCCAAAAGCAGCGAAGAUGAAGAGGUGGAGGAAGAAGAAGGCCUGAACAGCGAGCAUGAAGACACUGAGCCGGAGAACCUGGGCCAGAGGCCGUUGCUUAUGGACUCUGAAGAAGAGGUUGAAGAGGAAGAGGACAAACAUAGCUCUGACUCUGACUGUGACCAGAGGAACGCGAAGGUUGGUACUAGAAGACUGCCAGAAGAUAAAGUUUCUGCAUUUGCUAAGCAGAGUGCUAAAGGUGAACCUGGAACUAAUCUAAUAACUCCUCCUGAUUCACCCGGCGUUGCCAUGACCAGUGCAAGUGAAGUGGAUGUAUUUGGUGCGGUGCCCUUCACUGGUAGUAAUCAGCCCAGAACACCACUGGAAAGCAUGGAUGUGUUUGCCAAGGCUCCUUUCAGACAACCAAGCCAAGAAAAUACAGCAGAGGAGUUUGAUGUGUUCACCAAAGCUCCUUUUAGCAGGAACCUUUCCAAGUCAAGCAGGAGCAGUGAUGCUCCCACAGGACAGACACCCCCAAUCUCUCCAGCUAGUGUAGAUGUUUUUGGCUUCUUGCCCUUCCAACCAAGCCACAGCAUACCCAUUUCCGGAAGCCAGGAAGAUGUCUUUGGCCCAGUGCCUUCUGAGGAGGCCCAAAGCCCACAGCAACAGAAGCUUAAGCAGCGGAGCCUUCAGAAACUCUCCUCACGCCAGAGGCGCACCAAACAGGAGGCCAGCAGCGGCAAUGGAAAGCGCCACCACAGUACCCCAACAAGUAGCCGGAAGAGCAACAAGCCCAGCUUUCGUACCCCAGAGCGUGCACGUCGGCACAAAAAAGUGGGAAGAAGGGAUUCGCAAAGUAGCAACGAGUUUCUUAGUGCCUCCAAAGAGAACAUCAGCAUUAGCAUUGGGGAGGUAAAAGAGCUUGAGGCAUCUUUGCCUUCCGAAGAUGCCAUAUUGGAUCCCUUUGGCGCCAAGCCUUUCCAUCCACCAGACAGUGUUCGUCAUGGACAGCACCCAGGUUUGGGGGACAACAAGAGUGAUGUCAACUCCACCAGUGGCAGACCUCGGACUGGUUCUCUGCAAGCUACGUUUGAUGGGAACAAGAUGGAUGACUUUGGAGCUGUGCCCUUCACUGAAAUGGUGACCCAUAGCAAGCCUCAACAGGCCCCACAGAUGGAUUUUGACCCAUUUGGAGCUGCACCUUUUCCCUCAAAGCAGUGAAUGUUUCGUCUUCCUGCACACACACACAGAGUGCACUUGCAUAAAUGCUGCUACAUUAUGCAGCCAAAAAGACUCUGAAAUGUAACUAACGGAUGGCAGCUGUGUGGUGCGAUCUUGGGCUAUGGCCCAACAGAUCACAGGCCUUUGUUUUUGGUUGAAAACCAGAUUUACAGCUUUUUAAACUAUUAACACCUAACUUGAUAUUGGAGUAACUUUUUCCUGAACUUGACUUGAAUCUAUGUAUGGAUUGAUUUUUUUAAAGGCAUUUUUGCAUUACCUGACUGCUGAGAAGCUGUUAAUGCUGCAACACAAUGUUCUCCAAGAAAACAUUAGCAAAAAGGUGACGAUAUCCUUUGUUUUGUUUUUCUUUUUUCCCCCCUUACUAUAUAUAUCUCCCUGAUUUAGCAAUGAAUUAAAUCUACGCGCGUGCUCAAUCAUGGACCACCAAAUUAUCAGUGGUCCUUGUGUAGGUUGUUGCUUCCUGCUUGAUCUACCUGAUAGGUCAGUUUUACACCAUAUUGCCUUAUAUGGGUAUGCUCCACCCUGCUUUAUUGUACCUCAAACACACACAUGGCUGUUUUGGUGCCUUUGUGUCAACAGAAUUGUUUCCAUGUAGGCCUUCUUCAUACUUAUUUUGUCAUUUUCUAUGCAUAGUGCACCAUUUUAAGUGCGGUUAAAUGGUCGCCAUGGUUAUCUUCCAAAAUCCUAAACUAUAUGAGAUACCCAACAAAAUUAUUGAGCAAAUUAAAUUUCAUAAAUCAUAUGAUGGGACUUUGGAUUGGUUUGGGUUUGGUGCUGGAAAGUUUCACACAAAAAUAGACGUAAGCCUAAUGUUCUACUAAACUCAUUAAUAACCAAAAUGUCAGUCCUGCACACACAUACUAAUGAAAUCCACCUACAAUCGUAGAUGAGCCUCUGUAAAAAGGGAAAGUAAUGUAGUUUGUACUUCUUGAAUGUAUUUUGUUCAGUUUUUUCAUUUGUACAGAAUAAGGUUGUGAAUUCAACUAACACAAAAAAAAGCAUAUGAACUUGUACACAAUUAAUUUAACUGGAAAUGAGUGAGAAUGAAUGAGUAAAGGGUGUUUUACAGUACAUAAAAAUGGGACAAAGACUUUUAGUGACUACAGCAAAAUUUUUGCGCCUUUUAAAUAAAAAAUUGACCAACUAGCAUUGCAACAUUUACUGUUUUUAUUUUUUCGUAUUGGUUCGAUUUGUCUUGCUACACUGCCCUCUAACAAUGCAAUAAA